AUGUCAAAGGCCUCCGUACAGGAUGCAGCCUCAGCCUCAGCCCCUUCCAACACAACUUCGCAGCCUGCCCUCUCCUCAGCCGAACAAAAGGUCACACCCUGGGACGUAUCCGGCGCAACUGGCGAGGACGGCUCGAUAGCUGCCAUCGACUACGAGAAGCUCAUCAAGGAGUUUGGUACAAGACACAUCGGCGAAGAUCUCUUGCAGCGCUUCGAGGCCGUUACCGGACACAGGCCACACCCCUUGCUGAGAAGAGGCAGCUUCUUUUCCCAUCGAGACCUCGAUGUCAUCCUCACACGGUACGAGCAAGGGAAGCCAUUCUACCUCUACACAGGAAGGGGCCCCAGUAGUGAUACCAUGCACUUGGGUCACCUCAUCCCUUUCCUCUUCACAAAGUGGCUGCAGGACGUAUUCGACGUACCCCUCGUAGUACAGCUCACAGACGAUGAAAAGUUCCUCUUCAAGCCCAAUCUUACCUUGGAGGACGUGCGGAGAUUCGCCUUUGAGAACUGCAGAGACAUCAUCGCCUGUGGCUUCAGAAUGGAGAAGACAUUCAUCUUCAGCAACCUUGACUACGUAGGAGGCCCCUUCUACCACAACGUCGUUCGCAUCGCCCGCUGCAUUACUACCAACCAGAGCAAGGGUACCUUUGGUUUCAAUGACAGCGACAAUGUCGGCAAGCUCCACUUUGUCUCCGUCCAAUCAGCCCCUUCCUUCUCCUCCUCGUUCCCCCAAAUCUUCGGCGACAAGACGGACAUCCCAUGCCUCAUCCCCUGCGCCAUUGACCAAGACCCCUACUUCCGUCAAAAUAGAGACGUAGCCGUGAGGCUGAAGCUGCCAAAGCCUUGCCUCAUCCACGCCAAGUUCUUCCCAGCUCUGCAAGGAUCCGGAACCAAGAUGAGCGCAUCGAACCCUAACUCUUCCAUCUACAUGUCGGAUACACCCAAGCAAAUCAAGGACAAGAUCAACAAGCACGCAUUUAGUGGAGGUAGGGAUACUGCUGAGGAGCACAGGAGGUUGGGAGGCAGGCCAGAGGUGGACGUUCCUUUCCAAUACAUGAGCUUCUUUGUAGAGAGCGACGACGAGAUGGCAGAAGUGGAGAAGAACUACCGCUCAGGAGAGCUCCUCACCGGCGAGCUCAAGAAGAAGUGCAUCGCCGUGCUGCAAGCCGUUGUCAAGGGCUUCCAAGAGCGCAAAGCUCAAAUCUCCGACGACGUUGUUCGGGAAUUCAUGAACCCUGCAAGGAAGAUUGACCCUUCUGUGGUGCCUAGGGAAAAGACAGGUGGUCAGCAAAAGCCGGCUGGAGGAGCAGAGGAGGAGUUGAGCAAGACGGGAGCGGGGACCACUGUUGGGUCGAUUGCUGAUGCUGAAAAGGUCGCUGCUGGUGCCAAGUGA